GUUGCGCACGGCAAAAAUGGCCCUCGGACCGGAGCUAUUGAUUUUUAGGGACGGACCAUAGAUGUCCAAUCACAAAACAGCUCAAUCUCCCUACGCACGGUCUAAGGUCAGAGGGUGAGGAUUCGCGUUAUUUGUCCGAGCCGAGCCGAGCGAGCGCGGUGUGUUUUGACGUGGAAAUGUAUCGGCGUGUGUUGACCGUCGGGCUUGGCGGAAUAGGAGUCUUUUCUCAGUGCCCUUUCUGGUGUUAAAAGAUGGGCUCUCCGUGAAAAAAGGAGAAAAAGUUUGCGUUAUUCUCAUGCAGGUUGCAACCUUAUUUCGAGAAUCGUCGCAAAUCCUAGAAACAACGGCCGAAGCGCAUCGCGAGCCGGGAAAACAUAGCCCGAAACAGUGAGUGACAAGUCAUGUGGCGAAGUGAACGCGACGGAAAGUAGAUGAAUACGGAUUUUUUUACUGUGAUACGAAAUGAUUUGGUGAAGAUUCGUAAUAUGUGAGUGCAGUGCCUCCCGAAUUUUCGGCGGAAACUGGAUGUCACGUCAGAACUAAAAUGUUAAGCCUCUCAUCAUAUGAUACUAUGAAACAAGAGUCCCAUGAUGAUGGCUAUGAGACAUGUGGAGACCUGGAUUCAAGGGGACUCGGAAAAGACUUCCAUAACCACUCACAUGCCUUGGGACACUCGCUCUCUGAAAUGGAUCACCUGCAACAGCCAAAAACGGAGUCUAAGGCAUAUUAUCAGCCGCCGUCUGAGCUCUCGCAGACUUCAAAGGAUCACAAGUUCAUCGAUUACCCAAGUGACAUGCAGCAAGUUGGAAAGGAAAACAAAUUUAUUGAUUACCAAAGUAGCGGCAGUGGUUUCGGGAUGAAGUGCAACAAUAUGAGUGGUGUGGACCCAUACAGUUUUAGUGAGGAUGUGAGUAUGGGGGCCGGAAGCUUAGGAAGAGGACCAGAAUCAGGAAUGUCAGCUCUCCCGCAGUCAGUUGUUCCACCUGUUCCUGGGCACGGCAUGAUUCCCCAGCAACCUCAGUGUGGAGGAACCUUCCCUCCCAUUCCAAAGAAAAGAGGACGGAAAAAGAAAAUCCGACCUGGGGAAGAAGGGGCCGACGGUCAGUUUUUCGAUGCGACGGGGGGCAAAGGAGAGAAGGUGGGCCACUUCAAAGAACGGAAGAAGCACGACCGCUUCAACGGGAUGACGGAAGAGGAGGUGCAAAAGCGGACCCUGCCGGACCACCUGACGCCGAACCUGGACAUCAUCAUCAUCGGCAUCAACCCGGGGCUGUUCGCCGCUUACAAGGGACACCAUUAUGCCGGUCCGGGAAACCAUUUCUGGAAGUGCCUGUAUUUAUCUGGGCUGACCCCCGAGCCCAUGACAGCGGACGACGACUACAAGCUACUCAACGUGGGCAUCGGCUUCACCAACAUGGUGGAGCGCGCCACGAAGGGCAGCGCGGACCUCACCCGCAAGGAGAUUAAGCGGGGGAGCCAAGUGUUGCUUGAGAAACUUCAGAAGUUUAAGCCGAAGAUUGCUGUUUUUAAUGGCAAGCUAAUAUAUGAAGUAUUCUCGGGCAAGAAAGACUUCUAUUUUGGACGUCAACCCGAUUUCGUUGAUGGCACGAACACUUAUAUGUGGGUUAUGCCUUCGUCCAGUGCUCGCUGUGCCCAACUCCCAAGAGCUGCCGAUAAAGUCCCAUUUUAUGCGGCUUUGAAAAAAUUCAGAGAUUACCUCAAUGGAGUAGUGUCUGAAUUUGACGAGAAUGAAGUAAUAUUUACAUCAUCGAAAUUAAAGCACUACUAUGAGCCAGAAAUAAAAGAUGAUCCUGAUGAGGGAAGCCAGAAGCAGUUUGGGUACAAUUACCCCCCUAGAAUUACAAAUGGCGAUGGAUCAGACGGAGCCACGGAGACUAAAGCUCUAGUUCCUGUUGUCAAACAAGAAGAUGGAACUGUUUUACCACCAGAGCCUGAACAGCCUGUGAAGAAAAAGAGAGGGCGGCCAAAGAAAAUUCGUACGGAUAAUCCAAAUGACCAGCCACCCCCAAAGAAACCAACCCCUAGAAACACUGCACCUGCUGAUCCUAACGCUCCAAAGAAGAAAAGAGGACGACCGAAGAAAAUCAAAGAGGAAGCAGGUACCACUGUGGCCACCAACAAUAACAUGGGUAAUUUGAGUUCGCCAAUUAGUAGCUACACUCCUCAUAUGCCUAUGAACCAAUGCCAUCAGGGCUACAAUUCAUCAGCAUUUAGCAACCAUGGGCAUUCGCAUAACCACAUGAAUCAUAGUCAAUCAAUUAUGCCUUAUAACCAAAAUUCUGCCCAGUCUCCUCUUUCAGUAAAUAAUUACCAUCAGUCCCCUUUGCCCCACCAUUACUCGCACUCUCCUCAGCCAUCAUCUUUAACUCAUUCUGAUUUAUCGUCUGAAAUAAGUGCAGCAAUAUCUUCGGAGCACAACCUAGGCUCCCCUUCUCCCCACUCACCAAGCCUUGGCGCGCCCUCGUCAGACUUUGAAUCAGCCGCCAACAUGUCUGAUAGUGCAAGUAAGGGUGGACCUCUCGGAGUGAAGACAGAACAAGUUGUUAGUGAUCCUCAAGCUGACUGUGGGUUCCACAACAUGUCUUCAUCCAAUGACAGUCAAGGGGGAUCCUACCAGAACUAUUCAAGCUUCUCAAGCAGCAGUGACCACCAGACACAUUCCCAGGGGCUCUCUCAGGGCCUGUCGCCUGGCCUGUCACCGGGCCUCUCCCAUCGCCAGCAUCAUACUGGAACUCCUACGCAUCAACAGCAGCAACAGCACCAACAACAACAGCAGCAGCAGCAACAGCAGCACCAGCAACAUCCUGGAUAUCAACAGAGCCUGGGCAGUACAGAAUAUGAGCAAAAAUGUCAAGAUGUGGCUGCAAAAAGUUUGUCUGGCUUAGAAUCUCUGGUUGAUCAGAUUCCCAGCAUUGCAGACACUGACGGGCCAAGUGGAGUUCCUGUUAACGAAGGCGGCCCAGACCAAUAUCCUGGUGGACAGUCUGGACCUGGAGGUUCUGGCCACUAUGUUGAAGAAGCAGGCUAUCUCACCAACUACUCGUGUGGGGCAAAUGGAAGUGGUAAUAAUCCUUACUCUUCGUCAAACUCCAACUAUUCAAACCAAAGCUCUAACUAUAAUAGUGGUAUUAGAAUGAACUUUUCUAUAUCAUCAUUAGCCAAUAGUAGCAGCAGUCCAGGGAGUAGCUCGCCCAACAGCAAUCACGCGAGCAACCCAUUUUCAGUUAGUAAUAUGGCUCAGAGCUACAGUUCAAAUAACUCAUAUAACAUGAUGAGCUCAAUGCCUCACAUGGACUCUCAUCACAUGAUGAAUCGUAUGUAUGGUAGCCCUAAUGGAGCUGGAAACUGUGACAUGUCAAUGGCUAGCAAUAUGGGCCAUUACUCUUACAAUCAGUACUCAUCAGGCUCAGCCUCCUACCCUGGAUCACCCAGCACUGCACCGUCCACGCCGGGCAGCACUCCUGGCAGCGGUGGAUCUGGGUACUACUCACCGUCUCACAGCUUACACAUGCCAAGUCCAAGUUACCCCUCUCCCUAUAGUUCUGGCUAUGGAGGGAGUCCAUAUUCGAUGUACCCGAAACCAGAUGUAGACAUGAGCAGUUAUGGAGGCAGCUCAUUUUGAGGAAUGUGUAGACAUACGAGUCCAUUAAGCUGAAAUGUGAGUUGAUGAAUGCGUAUGAGUGACUGUGAUUGCUGUGUAUCAUUGUUUCAAUCUUCUCCUCCCUUUCUUAUCUCUUAAACUUCAUUCAAAUUUUUAUGUAAGAGAAAUAUAUAUACUAUAUAUUUAUAAAUAUGAACUUCCCAUUAUGCAUGAAUAGAUUGCGGGGAGAACAGUUUUAAGUUCAUAUGAAUGAAAUUGUGAUAAGGGAAAAAUAUUGGUGAUGUGUAGAGCACAUUGUAAAAAGAUAUGCCACUUCUUCAUUCUUUAUUUGUUGUGGCUUGCUUUAGGAGGAUUUUGUCUUGCCCUGAACGUGACAUAGAAGUAACUCAUUCUAUUUAGAGAAUGGCAAUAUUCAUUUUUUCCGAUUUGCAUUUUGCUAUUGGCAAGGUACAGAACCAUGGCAAUCAUUGUAGUACUAUCUUACAUGUGAACAAAUUCUGAAUAACUCAGAAUUUUUCAAAUUUUCUUUAUUAAAGCAAUCUGUUGUUACCAGUAAGUAAUAGAAUUUUAGUUAAAAAGUACUUUAAAAUUAUGUGUCAAAAAUUGUAUAGUUCUGUUACUUAAUUAUUACACACUUAAUAAUGAUAAUAUAAUGUAAAGUGAAAGUAAAUGUGAGCAAAGCUCAACAAACAUGAAAUUUAUAGUUCAGAUUGUUCAUUGAGCUCAGCACUCUUGUUUUGAGGCAACAUUAUCAAACAUAGUUUGCUCAAUAUUGGCUCUUGUUUGAACUGUGAGUUGAAAUUUUCAAGCCAAAUUUGGUUUGGACACAGUGUUUAAGACUGUAUGUUGUAACCUUUGUUGAAUCUGUUACCUGAAAUAGUAAUAAUAUUCAGUUACAGUUAUAUAAGGAUUUAAGUUACCUAAGUAAGUGGUGGUUAUGUAAAAUGGCAUUUGCGUCCCUCCUCAGGUGUGUGAUAUUGUUAUCCCAGUGGAGGAGAUGUUAUAACCCACAUUUAUUAUAUAAUCAAAAGCCUCAGCCUCUAAAUGAUCUGUGCAGUGGAAUCAGACUAGCAGUUUUGUUUUUCCACCUGGGUUUUACAAUAAUGAACUGAGCAGUUGCUUUCUAAAUGGAUAGAUACACCUUUCAAUCAAUUUGAGAUCUUUCGUUUUUAUAAGUAUCUAUUAUCUUUGAUUCUUAAAACCUGACUGCUGAUUUAAAUGAUAGCAGAGGAUUCCCCAAAAGACUGUUCCCAAAAUUUAGAUAUCUUAACAGAUCGAAAUUCUCUCUUUUGCUGUACUUGUGCCCACAACAAUCUAUUCAGACUUCCUUUCCUAAACCUCCAUUGAGAAACAAUUUCACCACUUAAAGGUUUGAAUAAUGCUGCUCAAACAAAAUGUAAGUGUUUAAGUGCUGAGAUAAUUGUUUGUUUUUUUUUGUUUGUUUUGCGUAUCUCUGAAGAAAUGGUUUGUGGAUUGUUUAACCAAUCAUUCCUUUAUUAUUAUGAUUUUCUGUGUAUGGAAGUAAGCUUUAACAGCCUCAGAAGCUAAACUGUUUAGUGUAUUACUUUAUUAAAGAAUACAUUAUUUCAAAUAUGUUUUGGUGCUGGCAAGUCAGCCCUAUCCAUCACAGAAAGAGAGAUUACUUGUACAGAUGUCUGCUUUAUCAAUCUAAAGCUUUUGUAUUGGCACUUUAAUUUUCUUCUCAAGGAAUGUUGGUUUGACACUCAUUCUCUCAAUUGCCUCAUGGAAAAUGCCACUAACAUAGGGUUUCAUACUAGUUCUGUCCUUACUAUUGCCAAUCUUAAGUACAACCUAAAUUGGCUAUCAAUACUUACAUGUUUGUUACUUACUGUCAAAAACCUAUGGAAAUUGUGUGUAGGCAAGUUAUGUGACUGUGAAAUUAGUAAAUUUAACAAUUUAAUUCUCUUUGGAUGGCUAUCAUGUAGCUUCAGUAACAUACUUUUCAACUCAAUGUGUGUGUUUACUCUUUGUUCUUUGUGUUGUUUUUUAAACACCUAUUUGUUUGGUUUAUUAUGUUCACUUUGGCUUUUAUUUCUUGUUGUGUAGAUAUUAAUGUAUGUUAAAGCUAUUGUUGUGUGUUGUAACAACUAUGGUCUACUUUCCUCUUCUUCUCUCAUUCUGUCCUUUUAAAUGUUGUGGCGGUGACAUAGCUACACAAAUGAUGUAUAUUGUGCACUCUCAAGUCCGGAAAGAGUUAACCUUCUGCAUGUUACAAACUUUCACUGCAAUAUUGGUUGGGCUAUAGAACUUCCCUAUCCCCUUCAAUCAAGUAACAACAGCCAAUGAUUGCUGGUGUACUGCUAAAUAGUGUUGAUUUUUGUGGGUACGUAUAUGUCCUCUGAUAGUGCAGAAUGUAUUUAAACCUUUGUGAUUUCUGAAAUGGUUGUGUAAUCUUGUGCAGUAGGAGUGAUUUACUGUAAUUGCCUACUUGAAGUGGCUAUCAAAGAUUUAUGGUUGUGAUCUAAUUUUUGACAUUGCUCAGUAUGUACUACAAUGAAAUUGAUGUGGACUCUUUUCCCUAAUCAAGUAGCAUGCUCUCUCUUUUCGGACUUGAUCAUUUAUUGGUACUUGUAGUUUGUGGGAUAAGCAUGUGCGUUUUCUGUAAAAUUAUGUCUGUCAAAUUGCCAUAAAAUAGGACUGAAAUGUACUGAAUCUCUUAUGUUGUUUGGUAAUGUAAAGACUUCAGUAUUUGGUUGUUGAAAAGACAUAAGUCAUGCUGGAAAAUAGUGCCAAACAUCUUUGAAACAUUUGCCAGUGUAUUGAUUUUCAUUUUGCUUGUCCAAAGUGCAAAAUACUCAGCAGCAUAAUGAAAAAUUUUCUUUGUCAUUUCUUUGAAACAGUUUUCUUUACAUUCUGUAAUUUCUUGCUUACUGUUAAAUGUUGCAAUUUCAUUGUACUGUUCACCCGGCAUGUUUAUCACAUCAGUUGAUCUCUUUCUGAAUGGUUUUGCAAUAUAAUGUUGUGCACUAGCAUUUGAUUUUACCAUCAUGGAUUGUGUUAGCUCAGUAUCUCUCUAAUUAUUGUCUUCCAUGUUUGUUGGUGUUGUUUAUUUUCUGCUAAGACUUCUAACAACACCUGUGGAGUUUUCUGAACUGUGAUUUAUACAACAAUAGAGCCUACUAUAUUAUAAGAACCCUUGAAUUCGGUUUGCAGUUAUAUCAAUUUUUAUGUUGCCUCUGGGGAAAUGGUCCACACCAUUUGAUUCAGUAUGCUAUAAAUCCGGCCAACUAUUGCAAUUUCAUAAUGUCACCCUUUUUCGUAUGUUGUUAAUCUGGUGCUGUAUUUUGGCUGACAAGAGCAGACUUAUUUUUCAAUUGCUCUGUUGAUCCAGGUCCUACAGUGUCAGGAUUAGGUAAUGUCGAAACCAAGUUGUAGGUUUGAGUACAAACAUAUUGCAAUAAUAACUGUAACCUUAAUAUUAAUUAUAAGCUGGUGCAGGCACCCUCUGUUGAUACACUGUUCUGGCAAGGCUCGUGGCUAUUGCUCCUGUACAACAAUUUGUGAAAUAGUUAAGUGUACAAACAGUGUGCAAAAUGUCCAUUAAUUAGCAGUUUGAUGUGGUUUUGCCCACACACAUUUAGUGACAGAAUUAGUCAAAACAAAGUACUUUCAAACAUUUAUUAUUAAAUCCUGCCUAUUGAUUUGUUAUCAGCUGAGAGCACUCUCUAUCAAAGAGGAAGAAAUUUUGAUAGUCAAGGAACAAAAUUGAGGGUUGCAUGUUGUACGCAGUAGGAAGAUCUGAUUGGGAAAUUCAAUUGCAUAUUACUUUUCUAAUUUCAGUUUUAAAAUUUUCAGCAAUUUCUUUUUUUUAAACCUUACAAAAACCCGGAUCACUUCCGCCAGUAUUUUAGUGCUUCAGUUGUCCUUCAUGGACAACUUUCUUGAGUCACUGUUAACUUUAACUUUGCAUUUUUGAAAUUGCCACCCGAACACUGUUCAUUUUGCUAUCUUUUAGAUCAAUAUGUAACUGCAAGCUGAAAAUAACACAAAGUUGAUCAGGAGAUGUGGUCUGGGGCUACCAAAUCAAUGCUCUGUAGCUUCCUGUGAUAAGUUCUGAAUUUCUGAUGGCUAAUGUACUAGGUUUUAUUCUUUGCUGUACCAAUUAUACCUGUUAUAUUAUGGUCAUAUUAUCUCUGGUGUACUGCGUGAUGUUCACAAUGACUUUUGGGCAGUUUGUUUUGUAGCACAGGUCCUGCAUUGGAUAAUGUACUCUUUGCUGAUGUGACUGUUUAGUUCCUUUUAUCAUUAAGCAAAUGCUGUAGUUUCUGUUCAUUCUCCUCUUUCACGUUAUUGUUGGACAUGUUUUCCACUUGUUUUAUGUUUGUUUUACGUUUGUAAAAGAGUUUUCUCAGGUUUCUUACUUCACUGUUAUUGUUAUACCUACUUCAAUUGUUUUUUGUUCUUGAUGUAAACCGUAAAGCAAAAUCAAGGGGGUAAUUAACUAAGUACAGCUUGACCAGUUGAUGUUCAAAACUGCAUAUUUGUGAACCUUUAAAAAAUACGUUGUUCUUCAGUUUAUCAAGUCAUUUGAUUUUCAGAUUUUUCAAAAAGUAUUUUUUGCUGUAAGGUCUGGGGAUAGUAAUUGUUUUUUCUUUGGUGUGUUUUUUUAUGUAGUUGACAAACAAUUUUUUUUUAGAAAUAACAAUAUUUACCUGUUCACUAAUAUGCUAAAUAUUUUUCAUGCAAUUGCAAUCAAUUUAUAAUGUUUUGAGUGCAAUAUAUAAGAUAAAGUAAUUUUUUUACCUGUAUAAAUCAGACAUUCAUAAAUUCAUUGUUUCUGCUCUCGUUUGAAAAUCACUGUUUUUCAAAAGUAAUAGAUACAUUAAUUCUAGAUACGAUACAUUAAUUCUUUCCAUACUGCUGUUUACAACUUCAGCACACAGGUUUUUGCAAAAGGAAUCUGUGUAUAUCAAAAUGGCUCAAAUACCUCACUUGUGUUUAAAAUAAAACUUUUACAUCAACAUA